GAGUUGAAGAGUUCAGAGGCGGAGAAUGAGGACAGACUCACAGACUGAGACACUGAGACACGGGGCACAGCUCAGAUCCUCACCGAGUCAACGUGAGACCCCAGGAUAAUCUGCAUCAUGGUGAUUAAAGUUUACAUCGCGACCUCCUCCGGAUCGACAUCGAUCAAGAAACAGCAGCAGGAUGUCAUGAGUUUCUUGGCGGUCAAUAAGAUUGAGUUUGAGGAACGCGACAUUGCAGCUGAUGAGGACAACAGGAAGUGGAUGCGAAAACAUGUCCCUGAGGAUUCCCGACCGGCGACAGGGAACCCUUUACCUCCUCAGAUCUUCAACGAGGACAGAUACUGUGGGAACUACGAGGCUUUCUUCUGUGCCCGCGAGGACAAUGCUGUGUAUGCGUUUCUGGGCUUGACGGCGCCUCCAGGCUCAAAGGAAGCAGAAGCCCUGUCUAAGAAAAUGCAGAUGUGAUCUAGAGAAGAGCUGAUGAACUCCUGCACUUUCUGAUGAUUGAGUUUGUCUUGUUGGUUCUUUUUUUCUUAGCACCCAUUAAAUGAUGUGAUGAGAUGAA